AUGCCAGCUGACGAUUUCCAUGCAGCUUUGUCGAUGUUGGACGAUCCUUUAUUGGAAUCAGCCCCGGUAAACCCUUUUUAAACAUUAUGUUAUUCCGAAUUUAGAGUGCUGUUGUUGCUGACACUGCUGGAGAUGUUAUUAUGCCGGAAGAUAUCAGUCUUGCGGAUGAGCCAACGACUUCAGGGCUGAAUGAAACGUUUGCGGUACCUAAAGUUCCAAAGAAAGCGAAGGCCGUGCCUGAAGAGAAGGAAAAGGUAGUGACUCCAGAAGAAACGGAUGAAGAGCCGGAAACUAGUAAAGCUGAUGAGAAAGAUGAAGAGUCUCAUAGGCUUAUGCUUCAAGUGGUGUUGUCUAACUUUAAUCAACAACAAUUGGAUCGAUACGAAGCGAUGAGGAGAGCUAGUUUUCCAAAAAGCGUCAUUAAACGGGUAUGGGUUAUAAUUUCUUUUUUAAAAUUUAGGGUUCCAUCAAUGAUUUGUAAAAAUAGGCUUAAUAUAUAUCAAAAGAUACUUUUAAGUUCAUUUUAAGUUAUCAAAGCCUUUUUUUGAAAGGGAAGAAAUGGAUAAGAAGAAAUCAGCUAAAAACAUAUUUUUUGAUAUUAUGAGUAGGGAAUGUUUAAUAAGCUUGUUAUGAGUAGCUCUUAUCAUUCAAUGAGGAUUUUGGAACUUUGGAAGUUGGUUUAGUGUGUAACAGUUAUGUCGCAUAGGCAUGGAUAACAUAAAAUAACUUGUAAGACAGAUUGCUUUACUUAUAAUUGUAGGAAAUGAUAAUAAUAACUGACUUUAUGAAUAUGUUUUGCUAAUACUUUUUACAGUUAUGCAAUCAAUACACUGGAGUACCGAUCAGUCAAAAUGUAACUAUAGCUAUAGCCGGUAUGGUAAAGGUUUUUGUUGGAGAACUGAUUGAAGAAGGCGAGUAUUUGCUCACUAUUUUUGCAUGUUAUGUUUAAACUAUAAUUUUUUUGUAUUUUUUUCAAUUUAGCAUUGGAAUUUAUAUAUAUUUUCACAAUUUCAGCACUGGAUAUUCAACAAAGCAUGGGAGAUGAGGGAGCGCUAACUCCACGUCAUUUGGAUUUGGCAUACAUGAAGUUGGACGAUGCUGGGAAACUUUUUCCUGUCAAGCCGAGGAGGAAUCCUUUAUUGUAA